GGCUCCGGCUUCCAAGCUCUCCCGUCUCUUCCCCCCUCACGUGUCCCGGGCUCCCAGCUGGGGAAGGAGGGGAGAGAGAGAAUCUCUCGCUCUCUUUCCUCCUCACAUGACCCGAGUGUUUGUCCCCGUGAUCAGCGCCUCGGCUCCCGUGUCUCCUCCGCGUCCCCUCUACCUCCAUCCGGCGUGAGAUUUAAACUUCGUCCCCUCCCUCCUCCCCUCCCGCCCCCUUCUCCCCCUGGUGCUGCGGGGGUCUUUCCCCCACCCCCUCUCCCUCCCUCCCCCCUCCCUUCCCCCCCUUCCCUUCUCCCCCCAUGGACAUGCUGGAUCCCGGCCUGGACACAGCCACCGCCUCCGCUGCAUCCAGCCACGAGAAAGGUCAAGAAGGUGAAGAGGGAGUCGAGCUGCAGGAAGGAGACGGCACAAAUGCGGAUGAGCAGACUGCAGUGGCCAUCGCCAGCGUCCAGCAAGCAGCCUUCACAGACCAUAAUAUCCAGUACCAGUUCCGCACAGAGAACAAUGGAGGACAGGUAGCAGAACCCUCGUCAGGGAGCUUGGCUUUUAACUGCGUGGGUACGGCGGAAGGGGUGACAUACAGAGUCGUUCAGGUGACGGACAGUCAGCUGGAUGGACAGGCAGAUGCGACGGGGGCAGUCAGCGUGGUCUCCACGGCAGCUUUCACCAGUGGCCAGCAAGCUGUUGCUCAGGCUGUGAUACAGAAUCCCUUCAGCAAUGGCGGGAGCCCGGCCGCAGACGCUGUCAGUGGCGAGGCCCGGUUUGCGUACUUCCCUGCCUCCACGGUGGGGGACGCCACAGCGGUGUCGGUGCAGACGACAGAUCAGUCUCUGACGCAGGCCGGAGGCCAAUUCUACGUGAUGAUGACCCCACAGGACGUGCUGCAGACAGGGACACAACGUACCAUCGCCCCUCGAACCCACCCCUAUUCCCCGAAAAUGGACGGGACGCGGACGCCACGGGACGAGAGGAGACGAGCCCAGCACAACGAAGUUGAACGGAGGAGGCGGGACAAAAUCAACAACUGGAUUGUCCAGCUGUCAAAAAUCAUUCCAGACUGCAAUACAGACAACAGCAAGACGGGGGCGAGCAAAGGAGGCAUUCUGUCUAAAGCCUGCGACUACAUCCGCGAACUGCGGCAGACAAACCAGCACAUGCAAGAGACUUUCAAAGAAGCCGAGCGGCUGCAGAUGGACAACGACUUGCUACGGCAGCAGAUUGAGGAGCUGAAGAACGAAAACGCCCUUCUCAGAGCACAGCUGCAGCAACAUGGGAUCGAGAUUGUGGGAGAUGCCUCUGGGCAGUAGCCCCCCAGUUGCCCACUUUGCCACUGCCUCUUUACACAGGAUCUCAGCCUCCAGUUCUACUCAUCCUUUUGUAUAGAGAACCCCCUCUACUCUGAACGAACGUUGCCUCCCUUCCCCUCGUGUUGGGGGUAAACCGAGGGGAGCGGCAAAAAAAUCCAGGGAGUGGGGAUGGAAGAGGGGCUCGUCAGCCCAGCCACGCCAGCCUUCUCCCCCCCCCCCCAACCUCACUUCCUCUUGUCUUCCCCUCCCGACUUCUUUCCUCUCCUUAGGAUACGUUAAGAUUAAACAGACAAAACAUG